AUGGUAUCUAAGAUCAAAUUCCUAGCGUUCAUUGCUUUAUCUGUAUUACCCAUACAAACACUCGCAUUUCCUGCUAAAGCUUUCGAGGCAACUACUAUAAACUCCAAGAUCGCUUCAUUAGCCAAAGCUGCAUAUGAAGAAAGACGUGCAAAACGCAGCUCGCCUGGGUUCAAUGCUGCUGCUCAAAUUAUAAAUGUGUCCGGGGAGCAUGCGUUUGUACCCCCCAGCCCUAAAGAUAUGCGAGGUCCUUGUCCAGGCUUGAACGCGUUGGCGAACCAUGGCUUUAUACCUCACAAUGGAUUUGCUACCAUUUCUCAAAUAAUUGAUGCCAAUGAAAAAGUAUUUGGAAUGGGAGCAGAUUUGGCCAUAUUCCUCACGGUCUACGGCCUUGUCAUGGACGGCAACCCUCUCUCUCUCAAUCCAGGUUGGAGUAUUGGUGCAAGCCCUACUCAAGGACAAAAUAUUCUCGACAAUCUCUUCGGUCUACUUGGUGCUCCUCAAGGUCUAAUCGGCUCGCACAAUAAAUAUGAAGGCGAUACCUCACCCACUCGCGGCGACCUUUUUGUCUAUGGUAACGCCUGGGUUCUUCAAAUGCCUCAAUUUCAAGAACUAUUUGAUCUGCAACCAGAUAAAGAGACUGCCAAUUACGAUAUUAGCAUCAUGUCGCAGCUUCGCCAAAUCACUUUCGAGAGAAGUGUCCGCACAAAUCCGUAUUUCUUCUAUGGUCCUUUCGUGGGCAUGGCGGUCAGUAAUGCGGCGCAGAGUUUUAUCUAUAGAUUCAUGGCAAAUCAUACUGCGGCGCACCCAGAGGGGAUAUUAGACCAGUUCAACCUGAAGAGUUUCUUUGGCGUCACUGGAGAGACUGGAUAUUUCGAAAAGAAAGACGGAUGGGAACGCAUUCCACCUGGUUGGGGACGACGAGCUAUUGGUGACGAAUAUGGCAUUCUAAGCUUAACAGAAGAUAUCUUAUAUUUCGCAUCCGAAUACCCCAACACCCUCACCGUCGGCGGCAACACCGGCACCGUCAACUCCUUCACCGGCGUCGACUUCUCCGAUCUCACCGGCGGCGUCUACAACCUCGAAUCUCUCUUCGAAGGCAACAAUCUCGCCUGCUUCCUCCUCCAAAACGCACAAUUGACCGCGCCCGAUUUUCUAAAAAAUGUCUUUAGCGAUAUCACCGAGCCGCUGGGUAUCUUGUCGUCGACGACCGAGGGCGUUUUGGGCUCCAUUGGAGACUGUCCGCAAUUGAUGGAUCCGGAUCAGUCGAAGUUUCAAUUUUCUUCGUUUCCGGGGUCGGGCGCGACGCUGUGA